ACCGGCACCGGGACCACCGGGAGCGGCACCGGGAGCGAGGAGGCGGCCGCGGCGGGGGCCGCGCCGCGCCAUGGCCCAGCAGCAGAUGAGCAGCUCGCAGAAGGCGCUGAUGCUGGAGCUGAAGUCGCUGCAGGAGGAGCCGGUCGAGGGCUUCCGCAUCACCCUGGUCGAUGAGUCCGACCUCUACAACUGGGAGGUGGCGAUCUUCGGGCCCCCCAACACACUCUACGAGGGCGGGUACUUCAAGGCUCACAUUAAAUUUCCUAUUGACUAUCCAUAUUCACCACCUACCUUCAGAUUCCUGACCAAAAUGUGGCACCCCAACAUUUAUGAGAAUGGAGAUGUAUGUAUUUCAAUUCUUCACCCACCUGUAGAUGACCCACAAAGUGGAGAGCUGCCAUCAGAAAGGUGGAACCCUACCCAAAAUGUCAGGACUAUCUUACUGAGUGUAAUCUCUUUGCUUAACGAGCCCAACACAUUCUCCCCAGCCAAUGUGGAUGCAUCAGUCAUGUUCAGGAAAUGGAGGGACAGUAAAGGAAAAGACAAGGAGUACGCCGAAAUCAUAAGGAAACAGGUUUUGGCUACCAAAGCUGAGGCAGAGAAGGAUGGUGUGAAGGUCCCCACUACACUGGCAGAGUACUGCAUCAAAACUAAAGUGCCUUCCAAUGACAACAGUUCAGAUUUGCUUUACGACGACUUGUACGAUGACGACAUUGACGAUGAGGAUGAGGAAGAGGAGGAUGCCGACUGUUACGAUGAUGAUGAUUCUGGCAACGAGGAGUCGUGACCUGCUCCCUCUAUGCCCCUGUACUGCCCUGCCGACUCAGGCCAGAAGGGAGCAGCGGUAACCUAGCAGCAGUCCAGCAAAAAAGUGGGGGGGGAGGGGGGGGUGUCAAAAAAAACAAAACAAAAAAAAAACCCAACACAAAACUUUGUCUCCUGCUGUCUCCUGUUGUAUGGAUCUGUUCGCUCCUUUUUUAUGGACCUCUUAGAGACCCUCCACAGAAUGUCUGAAUUCUUGCAUUCUUAACCCUUUCAUCACUGUAUUACAAUUUCUUUUUAAAAAAGAAACUCCCCUUUUCACUUCUCUACGAAAUGCUCACAGCAAAACAGGUUUGCUUGUGUUUAGAUUCUUGAAUUAAAUACAGUCUUGCGUUGAGAUGUUUAAUGCAUUUAAAGCUGGAACAAACCCAUUGGAAGCCGUGUUUUUGGGAGCUCAAAGUGCUGCAUUUAUUGGGAAGAAAAAAAAAAAAAUCCCCAAAAAGCAAAUUGCCAAGGUUUAGCUGCUCCAUUUACAAUAAUAGCGUGUGUACAUUCGUUUAGCCUCGUGGUGGUGGCUUUUCCUUUAUAAGGUGUGGGGCGGAGAGUGUAAAGCUACUGUGUGUUGAGCUUGAAUGGGAUGUCACUGAAAGGUACAGUAUUCCUUUCCUGCCUGCUAAGUUAGGAAAUAGCUGGCCCCUGGAGCCCCAGAGGGCAAAAUCAGUUUUGUCUCUGGAAAAGGCUUGUGAUAUGAACCCUAAAAUAAACACUUAACACUUCACAUCUGUACAACUGAGCCCUGGGUUGCUAUUUUUUUUUAAAUUUUUUUCAGACUAGGACAGGGUUGAAAAAGUUGAGUUUAGCUGUUCUGCUGAGAUCUGCUGCCAGCUGUCUCUCUCUGAAGGGACGGGAGCAGAUGUGCAUCCUGCUGCCCAGAGGGCCACCAUUCCUGCUGGACUUAUUUUUGGCAGUGGGACUGACCAGCAGCCUCCUGCCCUGUGCUGGCUGGCACUUCUUGCUCCCUGCAGCCCCAGCCCUGUGCAUCAGGAGCUGCCUUCUGUCACUUGUGUGGCUCACCUGUGGGCAGGUGUGGCUCUGCACGGCUGAGCUUAAGAACAUUUGACAUGCACUUGCUUAGAGGUAGGUUUAUCUACACAGAAAAGGUAAUUGACUAUAUGGGAAAUAAAAAUGUUUGAUUUCAAAAAAGACAAUCUAAGUGAUACAAUGUGAGAGCCUAGCUCCCUGAAUAUAUCUGGAAUUCUGCCCACCUUUCAUAGGCAUUGACUUGCAUUAUAAUUCUCUUUGUAAACAUGGAAGCUGAAGUUAUAGAUUGAGGUUUCAACUACACACAGAAGAGCUCAUAAACGAGGGGGAUUCUGUUUGUUCUCCUCCAGCACUUGCAUUUUUAAGGAAACAAGUUCUUUACUGUGGUUUCUCAGCAGAGUGGUAAGAGAUAGCAAAGACUAGAUUUUUUGGGUUGGUUAUUUUUUUUUUUAAGAGAAGUACUUUGCAUGCACUUCCCAGAGGAAUUCAGAGAAGAGCCUGCAAGGCUGUCGGAGUUUGGAACUCACUUUGGUGCCCGUGGGAUGUCCGGGCUGUCUGUGCUGCAGGGCAGAAGUGGGCAGUGCUGGGCUCUUCCCCUGCCCAGCUCCCUGGGGUUCAGAGGUGUGUGCAGCCCCACAGCAGAGCAGGCCAGCAGCAGGUUUUGACAGGCUCUUCAGCAGUGUGCUUCAGCUGGUGCCCCGAGCUUAGCCUCCCGCAUGUUUUUGGAAGCCCUUGGCAGAGCUUAGGGCGCUCUGUCUUGGGCAGGGGGAUCCUGCAUGCUCCUGUCUGAGAACUCUCUUCCUCAGACCCUCAGCCCUCCCCCCGUUGCAGCGUGCUUGUGUUUGGCUGUGGUGCAGUGCCCCGCGUUCCCCUUUCUGAUGAUCCCUGGAUCGGCAGCUGGGCCUGGCAGCCCCGGGAGCAGAUUGGAGGUGCUGGCCCUGCUUGGGCGAAACUCUCGAUCCCCGCAGGUACAGAGGCAUCACCCUGACCAGAGGCUGCGCCUCCCCUCCGUGUAUCUCAGGGUUUUCCAUGGUACGUCACCAGCUGCAGGUCCCUCGGGGGUGCUGGGGUGGGAACAGGCUUUGUUCUGGAUCCGCUCCGUGGCUGCGUCCCGGUGCGACAUUGAGCAAAAGUUCCGAGUGCGCUGCCCGGACGGAGAGGAGAAGAGAGCAGACGAGAGGAGAGGAAAGCCCUCGGGGCUCCGCAUGAAGUGAACAAGGCAGAUGUUUCCAAGAUGUUGCUUUGCUGGGGUUUGGAGGGACAGUCCCUGCCCCGGCACUGCAUCCCUCCGCCCACAGGCAGUGAAGGCUGCCCGAGUGGCGAUUCCUUGUGCCCAUCGCUCCCUCGGUCUCCUGCCUUCCUGCUUGCCUGUUACCUGGGAAGGCAGCUCCACCCUCCUGAGGUGUCAGCCUUCUUCCAGCAAGGACUGACUCAGCCCCAGGUGUUUUUUGGGGCCUGCAGCGGGGCUCCCCUGCGUCUAGUGAUAGGGUGGGGCACCCCCAGCUUCACACCAGCCCUGCGAGGGCAGCGCCAGGGUUGGCAAAUGGGCCCCUGGUGCUCCCGGCUGCAGGACUGGACUCGGGGCCAUGCCAGGGCAGGGAGGCACCAGCCUCCAACUUUCAGGUGGCUGGGGGGGGUGAAGGACCAGAAUGUGGCAACGCUGACUUUGCUGAUGACUUGGUUGGAAAUGAGGAUACUGCAUCUUUCAGGAUUUCCCUUGUACUUUUGACCGUCUUCACUGUAUACUCUCCAGUGACUUGUAUUUCCAAGCUUGGUGUUGUAAAAGAUGCAUUAUUAUGACUCUUCUGUUACCCUUUUUUAACGACAAAAAAGCAACCUCUUUUGAGAGCUCUGACGUUGGUUAACCAGACUAAUUUCUCUUCCCCGCUGUCCUGUGCAGUGUCAUUGCUUGUUGACUUGCUGGUUUCCUUUUUUUCAGAUACAACUGAAGUAUGAGGGGAUUUUUUUGAAACUAUUUAAGAGAUUGCAGAAAAAUGUUUACCUGCUUUGUGUAUUCUGGUUUUUUCUUAGUCCCUUUUCUCCUGUUUCAGUCAAUAUUAGCGUUUACAUUUGCAACUACAUGUCCCUUCAAAUGCAGUUUUCAACCAUUCUGAAACCAGCAGGGUACACUAGAUUUCUUAGUAGUUUUCUUAGCUGAACUCCCAGAUCUUUUCCUUUUUUUUCUUCAGUAUAAUUUACCAGAAAGAAUUAACUGAUGCAUUUUUGUGUUGUCUUCUUCUUCAGUAGUUAUAUUUUGUCUUUUCUGCACAUCUGUCUACUAAUAAAAAUGUGAAAUGAAAA